CUGGGGCGAUACUUCAUCUUUAAGAAACGUACAAUACCGCGAAUAACAAUACCAUGUACAAUACUAUUUUUUUUAAGAAACUCAAAAAUAUCAAACUGUGAAGAACGUGAUAGAUACAUACUGCUUAAAUAUGAAUCUUUGUCCAUAAUCCCUACAGCGGUGCAAGCCCGUUUAUACAGUGCGCCAGCAGCAACAGACACACUCCUAUAAGAGGUCCUAGCACGUCAGUGUCUUGUAUUGAAGAAGACGAGGCCGAUUACAGGGGAAAACAGCUCAGGCUUAACUGCGACGCAAGUCAAGAACACUCUGUCACUACAGGCCUAGAAGUUGUUUCGCUGCAGAUAUGGAACAGAGAGCAAUAAAGAAUGCCUACAAAGAUUAUGACGGGACCCCAUCAUGCACCCAGGCCUAUUUUGACCCACAGGGUAGGCUGACCCCUAACUUUGCUGGCCGGUUGAGCGGUAAGGUUGCUGAGCUGCUGGAGCAGAUGGAGCAUGGGCUGAAAUCAGCCGACUCCGGGGACUGCAGUGGCUACACGGGCUGGGCAGGGAUUGCGCUGCUUUACCUGCACCUAUACAACGUGUACGGAGACUCCUCCUUCCUGCAGAGGGCGCUGGAGUUUGUCAACAGGAGCCUGAGCUGUCUGACACGCCGUUGGGUGACCUUCCUGUGUGGGGAUGCAGGUCCGCUGGCUGUGGCUGCUGUGGUGUUCCACAAACUGCAAAGGGACAAGGAAGCAGACGACUGUCUCGGACGUCUCCUGCGGCUGCACCAGUCUGUAGUGAAGCAGGAUUCCCAUGUACCGGAUGAGAUGCUGUAUGGUAGAAUGGGAUACCUGUAUUCCCUGGUCUUUGUGAAUGAGCAGUUUGGACAGGAGAAGAUCCCCAUGGAAUACAUGCAACAGAUCUGCGACAGCGUCAUCGUCUCCGGGGAGAGUCUGUCCAAGAGGAGCCGCUACCAGGAGAAGAGCCCCCUGAUGUACGAGUGGUACCAGGAGCACUACGUUGGGGCGGCGCAUGGGUUGGCAGGAAUCUACUACUUCCUCAUGCAGCCUGGUUUUGUGGUGAGCCAGGAUAAGCUUGUAGGACUGGUGAAGCCCAGUGUGGACUUUCUGUGCCAGCUCAAGUUUCCAUCUGGAAAUUACCCACCUUGCAUCGGUGACACACGGGAUUUGCUAGUGCACUGGUGCCACGGGGCGCCAGGUGUGGUCUACAUGCUCAUUCAGGCCUACAAGGUGUUUGGAGUUGACCAGUACUUGUCUGAUGCAGUGCAGUGCGGUGAGGUGAUUUGGCAGCGAGGACUGUUGAAGAAGGGGUAUGGGCUGUGCCAUGGGGCAGGCGGGAAUGCCUAUGGCUUCCUGGCGUUGUACAAGCUCACCCAGGACGCCAAGUACCUGUACAGGGCUUGUAAGUUUGCUGAAUGGUGUCUGGAUUAUGGAAAGCAUGGCUGCAGGACCCCAGACACCCCCUUCUCCCUGUUUGAAGGCAUGGCGGGGACAAUCUACUUUCUUGCUGAUCUGUUGCAGCCAAUGAAAUCCAAGUUCCCAGCAUUUGAACUGUGAAGAAAAACAAAAGCAGGAAGGAUUCUGCUGUGUAUUUCACAUGUAUGCGCUGCUUUUUUUCCUUCAUUUUCCUUUUUUUUUUUUUUUCUUAAAAAUAAAUUCUAGCCCAGUAUCUGGGUAAAGUAUGACCCCUGUUGCCACUGAGUAUUAAAGAUGAUGCAGCCAGUUAAACAGCAUCAUUGGGUUAUGUGGGAUUCCCAGCUGCUGGUUUGCACAACAUUAUAAAAGCCCCACGUUUCUCCAGCGUGGGCAGAAUGCAUUGCCCCCCUUGUGCCUCAGUGUGUGUGCCCUCUAGUAGUAAGUCCUGGUAAACACCCACUGAUCAUUAUCUUAGCGAUUCUCUUGCAAGGUCCUGUCCACCUCCUAUCAGUGGUCCUCAUCUCCAGGUGGGAAUGGGGAGAGGGAUGCCUCAUGUCCUUUCUUUUUACGAACAUCAUUUGUUUUAACCUGAUUAAUGCAGAAUCUGUACAGUUUGAAAUGGGGUGGAAACAAAAUACUGAUUUAAAUUACAUUGUUAUGCCUUGCUUUAAACAGCAGUCUGGGGCGUUUAUGGUUAACCAGGGACUGGAGUUGAAAAUCACUCCUGCGUAGCACUGGUCAGGGCUAGAAAUGCAUUCAGGUCAGUAUUUGAGGUUAAACGUGUGAGUCCGCUAAUGAUGGUAAAUGAAAGAAUUCAACCUGAACUGUGCCCAGUGUUUGGUAUUUAACUUCACAUGGUCUCAUUAUCAUUUAUUUAUUUUAAAACCUUAUCUGAAAGUGGUUUUUAGCCCUGGUUUCUGGUAGAAGUGGGAUUUCUAGGUGCAGUACCAGCUUUUGGAUAUUAGCAGAUCAAGGCUUAGCAUUAGAAAAUCCUGCCGUCAACCAGUAUAUAAGCGUAACUUUCACACUGAUAAAAAAGUCUACACAGCUUGCAUUGUACUCUAGUAACAAGCUAGACUGCAGCGUUACGAAUGUGCUUUUUCAAGGCAAGGUCUGCAGCGUUGAUUUCUAAGGGUGGGGGGGUUGGGGGGUUGAAAUGUUUGCUUGUAGUUGAAAAAUGAACUGUGCCUGUCCAGAUAAUGUGCUUGUGCUCUUCUUGUUGGUGUGUGCAUUGCUCAAGGGGGUAUCUCCUGGGGCAAGCAUCAGGCCUGCAGUGCCAAUGCUGCUUAUACUGUACCAAUGACAGUGCUUGAUGUAUUUCCAGGCAGUUGCAUUAUAAUAUUGAGUCUUUAAUGUUUAUCCACCCUUUUUUUUUUUUUUUUUUUUUUUUUUUUUUUUGGCC